AAUUUUAAACUAUAUCUUGACCGAGUUAGCAUAAAAGUUACCUUAGUAGUUAUUUAGCCUGUCACGUGGGUCCCUGGGCGGGUAUAAAGUCGGUGUGUUGUGUGUCUGCAAAACUGUGAAGUCAUUUUAGGGACGCGAUGGGUUUUAUCACGUCGGCAGCGGGCAUCCUGGCCCUGCUGGACGAGACAGAGGAUGAGCUGCGAGUGUUUGCACUGGAGCGGCUCAACGAGAUCACCGACACCUUCUGGCCUGAGAUUGCCGACUCCAUACAGAAAAUAGAGAGACUUGAGGAAGAUGGCAGCUUCCCGAAGAAGGAGCUGGCCGCCCUGUUGGUCUCCAAGGUGUACUUCCACCUGGGCUCGUACCUGGACUCCCUCACCUACGCCCUGCGCUCGGGGCCCAUGCUGCACCAGGACCCCAACCAGCUCUACAUAGACACUAUCAAAGUGCACGCCAUUGACCAUUACAUCAAGCUGCGUGCCCAGAAGGAUGCCAAGAUGGACCCCAGGCUGGAGACGCUGCUCAACAACAUGUUCCGCCGCUGCAUUGAGGACCAGCAGUACCGCCACGCCAUCGGCAUUGCCCUCGAGACGCACCGCAUGGAUUGGUUUCGAGAGGCCAUCAUGACCUCGGAUGACAUCGUGGGCAGCCUGACCUACUCGUACAAGAUCGCCAUGCAGUACAUCGAGCAGCGGCGGUUCAGGGACGAGGUGUUGGAGCAGCUGGUGUCGCUGUACCAAGGCCUCGAGACGCCGGACUACGUCAACAUGUGCCAGUGUCUCAUCCACCUGGACAAGCCACAUGAGGUCGCCUCCAUCCUCGACAAACUCAUCAAGAACGACAGUCUGAAGAGCGAGGCCAUGGACAACGAACUCAUGGCCUACCAGAUUGGCUUCGACCUGUACGAGAGCGCCACGCAGGACCUCCUCUCCCAUGUUCGCCAGGGUCUGCACACCACCGCCCCCGUGCCCUCGCUCCUCAAGGAUGUCGACGCCCUCUCCACAGCCUCCACCACCACCGCCGCAGCCUCCACCGCCACCGCCACCUCCUCCACACCCGCUGUGGAGGAGGAGGAAAAGAGCGGAGGAGCGGCAGGGGAGGAGGAGGAGGAUAUGCCCAUGGUGGAGGAGAAGACACUUGAUGAUCUGACCGAGCUGGAGAAGACCCACCAAACACGCGUAGAGAAACUUGCGCGGAUCCUGAGUGGUGAGAUGACCAUUGAACAACACCUCCAGUUCCUCAUCGCCAACAACCACACGGACAUGCUUAUCCUCCGCCACAGCAAGGAGGCCGUGCGCGCGUCAGUCUGCCACACUGCCACCGUCAUUGCCAAUGCCUUCAUGCACUGCGGCACCACCUCGGACCAGUUCCUCAGGGACAACUUGGAGUGGCUGUCCCGCGCCACCAACUGGGCCAAGAUGACAGCCACGGCCUCGCUCGGUGUGAUCCACCGCGGCCACGAGAAGGAGGCGCUCACCCUCAUGCAGGCGUACCUCCCCAAGGAGACCAACAGCCCUGGGUAUGCGGAGAGCGGCUCCCUCUACGCCCUGGGCCUCAUCCACGCCAACCACGGGGCGAACAUCAUCGAGUACCUCCUCAACCAGACCAAGGACGCCACCAUUGAUAUUGUGCGUCAUGGUGGGUGCCUGGGCCUGGGCCUGGCGGCGAUGGGCACGCAGCGCACCGACGUGUACGAGCAGCUCAAGUACUGCCUCUUCCAAGACGACGCGGUGACAGGUGAGGCGGCAGGCCUGGCCAUGGGGCUGGUGAUGCUGGGCUCGGCCAACGACCAGGCCGUCUCGGACAUGGCCACGUACGCGCGAGACACCCAGCACGAGAAGAUCCUGCGCGGCCUGGCCCAGGGCAUCGCGCUGACCAUGUACGGCCAGCAGGACCAGGCGGACCGACUCAUCACGGAGCUGAGCGAGGACAAGGACGCCAUCCUGAGGCGAGCAGCCAUGUACACCGUGGCCAUGGCUUACUGCGGCACCGCCUCCACCCCGGCCAUGAAGCGCCUGCUGCACGUGGCCGUGUCAGACGUGGACAAUGACGUUCGCCGCGCCGCCGUGGAGGCUCUGGGCUUCCUGCUGUUCCGUUCCCCCGAGCAGAUCCCCAGCAUGGUGUCCCUGCUGUCCGAGUCCUACAACCCCCACGUGAGGUACGGGGCGGCCAUGGCCCUGGGUGUGGCCUGCUCAGGGACCGGCCAGAAGGAGGCGCUGGGCCUGCUGGAGCCGCUCACCAAUGACCCCGUCAACUUCGUGCGUCAGGGCGCCCUCAUCGCCUCGGCCCUCGUCCUCAUCCAGCAGACGGAGGCCACGUGCCCCAAGGUGAAGGACUUCCGUCAGCUGUACGCCAAGGUCAUCUCCGACAAGCACGAGGACUCCAUCGCCAAGUUCGGUGCGAUCCUGGCGCAGGGGAUCAUCGACGCCGGUGGCCGCAACAUGACCAUCUCCCUGCAGAGCCGCACGGGCCACACCAGCAUGACCUCUGUGGUGGGCAUGUUCAUCUUCACGCAGUUCUGGUACUGGUUCCCACUCGCACACUUCCUCUCCAUGGCCUUCACCCCCACCUGCCUCAUCGGCCUUAACUCGGAGCUCAAGAUGCCCAAGAUGCAGUUCCUCUCCAAUGCCAAGCCCUCCACCUACGGCUACCCCGCCCCCCUGGAGGAGAAGAAGAAGGAGGUGGCGGAGAAGGUGACGGCCGUUCUCUCCAUCACCGCCAAGGCCAAGAAGAAGGACGACGAGCGGAAAAAGAAGGAGCAGAAGGACGAGAAGAUGGACGUCGACGAGGAGAAGGAGAAGAAGGAAAAGGAGGAGAAGGAGAAGGAGAAGGAAAAAGAGAAGGAGGAGAAGAAGAAAGAGGAGGAGAAGAAGAAGGAGGAGGCAGCUUUUGACCUCCUCAGCAAUCCGGCGAGGGUCAUGAAGGCACAGCUGAAGGUGGUGCGCAUGGCAGAGGGGUCGCGCUACACCCCCGUCAAGGAGCUGAGCAUUGGCGGGAUCAUCCUCAUGCGCGACACAAAGCCCGAGGACAGCGAGGAACUGGUCCAGCCCGUCCCUGCCCUGGGCCCUAAGGCUGAGGAGGAGACCGAGCCAGACCCCCCGGAACCCUUCUUCUACGAGGAGUCCUAGGAUGUUAUGAUCAAAGGUACUAGCGUAGGUCUAACUUGCACUCCUGAAUCGUUAUUUUUUCACUCUUCACUAAUUCAGAAGUGGUGUAUUUAACCCUCACUGUACGAGACGCAAUGUUAAUAUAGUACACGCCGCUACAUGCUGUCCCGGAAACUCUCCUUUUGUACUCUAACUCCUCACCCUUUCAGUCUGUUCAGUGUUCAGCAUGUUUGUUUAUGUCCAUCUAGAGUACAGGGCGUGUUGGGAGGGGCACCUUUGACCUCUCCCCCCUCGUAAAAUACCUGUCCUAAAGUUGUUAACCUGUAUCUUGUAGCACUUAAUGAAUUCUCUUGGUUUUGUCAUGGAGGUUUAGGUUACUGUGGUUCGUUGCCAACACUCGGCAACUCUAAUUAUUAAUGUACAAGAUGAUAAUUCUAUGUGCAAAGUGUUAAGGUUAGGUACGACUUUUUAAAUAAACAAAUACUUUUUCCA